AAGAUUUAAAAGGGAUAAUAUUAAUCUUGUAUAUUAAAACUAGAAAAUAUAUCAAUAAUAUUUUAAAGAAAAUAUUAUAUCAAUUUUCUACACCCAAAAUAUCAACUUUGGGACUCAAAAUGUUUUUCUCUUCCUCUUCUCUUCUUGGCCGAAACUCUCUGUUUUGGGGAAGUGAAUGAGCUUCAUUUUUAUUAAAAUUUGGGGCCUUCUGCCCAAAAUCGUGAAUGAUGGAAGCGGAUGAGCAGCGGUUGAUGACGACUAAGGUGCGCACGCGAUGGGGCAACCUGCAGAUGGUCAGCAACGAGGUGACCCACUACGAUAAGCGACAAGGCGACCCGCAGCGGUCAGCGACAAGGCGACCCACAGCGGUCAGCAACAAGGCGACCCGCAACGGUCAGCAACAAGGCGACCCGCAGCGGUCAGCGACAAGGCGACCCGCAGCGGUCAGCGACGAGGCGACCAGCACUUGUCAGCGACUAGGCGACCAGCAACGAUCAGCAACGAGGCGACCAACGACGGUCGGUGAUGAGCGACCAGCGGUCAGCAACAAGGCGACCCGCAGCGGUCAGCGACAAGGCGACCCGCAACGGUCAGCAAGAAGGCGACUCGCAGCGGUCAGCGACAAGGCGACUCGCAGCGCGAUGGACUGCGGUGAGCUGACCCGCGGCGGUCAGCUGACGAGGCAACCCGCGGCGGUCAGCGACGAGGCGACCCACGGCGGUCAGCGACGAGGCGACCCGCGGCGGUCAGCAACGAGGCGACCCGCGGCGGUCAGCUACGAGGCGACCCGCGGCGGUCAUCGACGAGGCGACCCACGGCAGUCAUCGACGAGGCGACCCGCGGCGGUCAGCGACGAGGCGACCCGCGGCGGUCAGCGACGAGGCGACCCGCGGCGGUCAGUGACGAGGCGACCCACGGCUGUCAGUGACGAGGCGGCCCGCGACGGGGCGAUCCGUGGUUGUCCGUUUGGUAAGGCAACCCGCGCACAAAUGCCCAGGGUUUGAAGAAAGUUCAGUCUCUCGAUUCACAAUCCGCGUAAGAUUUGCAACGG